AUGGACAGCAAAACCCUGUCGUCUCGCCUGCGCGAGUUGGUUAAGUUCCUCGGCACAGUCAAGGGCGACCUCGCCAACGUGACCGGCCCGCCGUCCAUGUUGGCCCCCUGUUCCGUCGUCGAGGUCGGCCACUGCUGGGCCCAGCGCCCGGCCGUCUUUGCCGCCCCGGCCCUCGAGCCCUGCCCAGAGAAGCGCGCCCUGCUCGUCCUCCGCUGGUUCCUCAUCGCCCUGCGCAGCCAGCUCUACGUCGGCGUCGACCUCCAAAACCCCCCAACCCUCAAACCCACCGCCUCCCCAACCUCAAAACCAAAAACAAAAACCAAACUCCCCUCCAUCCGGAAACCCCUCAACGCCUUCCUCGGCGAGCUCUUCCUCGCCUCCUGGUCCGACCCGGCCACGCACACACAGACCCGCCUCGUGGCCGAGCAGGUGUCGCACCACCCACCCAUCACGGCGAUGCACGUGUCGACCCCGGCCCACGGCGGCGUGCGCGCCGACGGCUACGCCCGCGUCGAGAUGACCUUCUCCGGCGCUAGCGGCGUGCUGAUCCGCCAGGUGGGCCACGCGACGCUGCGCGUCGACCGCUACGGCGAGGACUACCUCGUGCCGCUGCCCGACGUCAGGGUGCGCGGCUUCCUGUCCGGCUGCCUGUACCCCGAGAUCGGCGGCACCUACCACAUCGUGGGCAGCUCCGGCGUCGCCGUCGAGGUGCGCUUCAGCGGCGAGGGGGUGUUCCGCGGGCGGCGCAACGCGUUCGAGGCGCGCGUCUACCGGCGCGGGGGGGAGGAGAAGGGCGCCAGCAUCUUCGAGGUGGCCGGGUGCUGGAGCGAGGGGUGGACGGUCAAGGACGGGCGCACGGGCCGCGUGCUGGAGGCGUACGAGGUGGACGCGCCCGAGAACGGGCCGGCGCCGAUGGAGAUGCCGCCCGUGGAGGCGCAGGACCCGUGGGAGUCGCGCCGCGCGUGGGCCGGCGUGCUGCGCGGGCUGCACGCGGGCGACAUGCGCACCGUGGUGGCGGAAAAGACCAAGAUCGAGCAGGCGCAGCGCCAGAUGCGCGCCAGCGAGGCCCUGCGCGGCAUCGUCUGGGAGCCCCUGCUGUUCCGGUCGGUGGCCGGUGCCGAGCACCACGUCUUCCACCGCCUGGCCGACGGCCUGGACUGGCCGCUGCAGCACGAGAAGACCAAGGGGGUCUGGCGGGUGGACGACGAGCGGGUGAAGAACCUGCAGCGCCCGUUCCGGGGCGAGCUCACGCCGUUUGGUUACUAG